AAUUAGAGAAGCUUCCUUGUAUUGGUCUGUAGCUCUGUGUGACUUUAACCAGCAGAGAUGACUUUUGUGGAGACUCUGCGUCAGUGGGAUCAGGCUGUAAGUUUUGCUGAUCGACAGGAUUUUGCAGAAGCACUCAGGGUUUUCCUGGCAAUUCCGGAGCCCAACUCUAAAAUUUACUUUGAUAUUGGCUGCCUCCAUCUUCAGAAGCAAGACUUGGAUGCUGCUGAAAAGGCGUUUGAUUCCAGCAUACGCAAGGAUGAACAUCUGGCGGUUGCCUUUUUUCAAAGAGGGAUCACGUUUUACCAGAAAGAAAGGUACGAGGAGGCUUUGGGUGACUUCCAAUACGCCUUUAAAGCACUUAGAGGAAACCAGCUGAUAGAUUACAAAGCACUCGGUCUUAGAUACAAACUAUACGCAUGUGAGGUUCUCCACAACAUGGCCCUGGUCGAGGCCCAGUUGGGUCGCUGGGAAAAAGCUCAGGAAAACCUUGUGAAGGCCCUUGACUUCAAGACAGAAGCAAAGCUCAAUGUCAUCGACAGGGCUCUACAGUCCACACUGAAACAGAAAUUAUUCAAACUGGUGACGUUUCCUUCGAAUGCGCUGUUUAAACCCAAUAAGCACUACGUUGCUGAGUUGGAGAAGAAAGAUUACCUGGGAAAAGCAAAGGUGGUUGCCUCUAUUCUCCCUCAGGAUGAAUUCUCAGGAUUUGCUCCAUUACAACCACAGGUGGAAGAUGGUCCUGCUCGUCCCAAAGAACCAGAGGUUUUGAGGGCUUUGGAAGGAGAACCACACACUGUGCUGUUUGAGUUUGUUCCUGAAACUAGUGAUGAGUUGGCCGUCGUCCCAGGGAACAUUGUGUUUGUGCUGCAGAAGGGAGAAGACAACUGGGCGUCUGUGAUUUUUAAUGAGAGAAGAGGACUUGUUCCUUACAAUUACCUUGAACGUUUGGAAAUCUCCGUUGGUUCUAAAAAGAAUGAAAGGAUUCGUACACCUCCAAGUCGAGCACCACCAACCAGACCUGAAAGGAAACAAGGCCAAACUGCUGUUGGUAGGAGUAGUAGAGACACAGAACAAAAGGAGCAACAACCUGCUGACAAUUCAUGUAUUGUCAAAGUCCGAUUCACCUACAACUUUGCUGUCUCUGUACCAUGUGGGUCACCCUAUGCGAUACUGGUUGACCAAAUUAGCAAGAAGCUGAACAUUGAAGCAGAUUCAGUCACACUGAGUUUAAACCCCGCAGCAAGUGGAGAAAAUGUAAUCGAUGCCGACACAGAAAUGGAAAGUGUGUGGGGUCGCACCACCGGUAGACGCAUCACUUUGUGGUGUAAGGUUGAUGAUCAAACUGAUGGAAAACCACAGAAUGAGAUUCUCUUGGUGGCAAUUCACUCCUAUGAGUCAUCAAAUCCAGAGGAUCUCACUUUUCAGGAAGGAGAUAAGAUCAUAUUGCUCUCGAGAAUCAACGACGACUGGUUGGAAGGACAGCUGAAUGAGAAUACUGGUAUAUUUCCUGCCUCGUUUGUAGAGGACGUUCCUGAGAAUGAGUGACAGAAAACUACAGAUACAAGCUCUUUAAUUCAGAAGUAAAAAAAGACUUUAA